CAGGACUUUGAAGCUCCUCUGGAGAGCUCUCUCGUCUCAUUACCGCCUGUUGCAGGCUGUAGGGAACCGCUAAGGAGAGAGGGGUUCCACGGAGCAGCAGAAAGACCCCUGGCUUGAACCUUCUCUGCCUUCCCAUUGAGCUCUCUCUGCAAACAUACAGAUCCAGCCAACCAGGGGAUGUUACCUCCAGGCUGAGCGUUAGGAAGAGAACAAGAAGUACACGGAAAGAGGGAACGGAAGCCCAAAGGGAAUGACAGCUCAGACGCAGGACUAUGAAGCUGACAUUCAGAGGGAAAUUGAUAUUGAAGGAUACGACGACCCUGCAGUGAAACAUUCCAACAUGUCGCUUGCAACCGGAAGCGAUCACCAAGUCAGCGCUUGCCAGCAUCUCUUUAUGGUGUGUGUCUCUUUCUGUCGUUCCUUCUGGCCUGGUCACCGCCGGAGAGCAUAUCACCUGAGUAGGAGAAGGAGGAUGGAAAGGGUAUCCCCCUCAGGGAAGGCAGGACACUUUCAGAGCUGUGAGGACAAUGGACCAAGUGGCUCCUCACCUGAGGAAGCAUUAGGAAGGGGGGAGGCUGCCCCACCACCCUCCUAUCGCAGAAAGACACAUGAGGCAUUUGUAGAACUUCAUGAACUGGUCAUGGACAGGAACAACGAGCUUCGCUGGAUGGAGGCUUCUCACUGGAUCAACCUGGAAGAGGAUUUUGAGGAGAUGGGGCACUGGGGAAGACCACACCUCUCCUAUUUGAAUUUCCAGAGCCUUCUGGAGGUGCGCAGGGCUUUCAGCAAAGGAACUGUUCUUCUAGACCUGCAAGAGAAGAGCCUAGCUGGGAUUGCCAAUCAGAUGCUUGAUGAAAUGAUCCAUGAAGGGAAGAUCAAGCCGGAUGACCGAGAGUUAGUCUUAAGGACUCUCCUCCUUCAGCACAGUCACCCUGAUGAGUCUGCUUCAGUGGGGACUCUUCUGCCUGGGCGGCUGGACAGAACUGAUGGCCAGGACUCAGGACAGCCGCUUCUGCAAGAAUAUCACCAGAUUGAGAUGAAGACCUUCCCUGCUGACUCAGAGCAGGAAGGCUCAAGCGGUGGUAUUAAGAAGCCACUGGCAGAUAAGAUCCCACCUGAUGCAGAAGCGACACUGGUCCUGGUUGGCCGUGCCAGCAUUGUGGACCAUCCCACUCUAGCCUUUGUGCGCUUGAAGGAUGCUGUAGAACUGGACCAUGUUCUGGAGGUUCCUGUGCCUGUCCGAUUCCUUUUUGUGGUUCUGGGCCCAGAUUCCCCUCACGCCAACUACUACCAUGAGAUUGGGAGAGCCAUCUCAACAAUGAUGUCCGAAAGGGUGUUCCGCCUUGACUCCUACAUGGCAGGAAGUAGGCAAGACUUGCUGAAGAGCCUGGAUGCAUACCUGGACUGUUGCAUCGUCAUCCCGCCCUCUCAUACCCAAAGUGAAACGCUCCUUAAGUCGUUGUUCCCAGUGCAGAAGGAGCUCCUGCGAAAAAGGUACCGGCCGGAGGAGAGGACGGAGCCCACUAAACAGCUUGAGCAAGAAUUGCAGGACCAAGCCUUCAAGACCCCAGAAAAGGAUGACGACGACCCUUUGAGCAGGACUGGCAGGCCUUUCGGAGGGCUGGUGAGGGACAUAAAACGCCGGUACCCCAAGUACCUCAGUGACAUCACGGACGCUCUCAAUGCUCAGUCUCUGGCUGCCGUCAUCUUUAUCUACUUCGCUGCCCUUUCUCCUGCCAUUACCUUUGGAGGCCUUCUGGGUGAGAAGACUGAGAAGCAGAUGGGAGUAUCUGAGCUUCUGAUCUCCACAGCAGUCCAGGGCGUCAUCUUCUGCUUGCUUGGAGCUCAACCUUUGCUUGUGAUUGGCUUUUCUGGCCCCCUUCUGGUCUUUGAAGAAGCCUUUUAUGGGUUUUGUCAGAGUUUAAAGAUUGCGUACCAUCCGGGGAGAGUUUGGAUCGGCCUUUGGCUUAUAAUAUUGGUAUUGGUGGUGGUGGCUUUUGAGGGCAGCUUCCUGGUCCGUUACAUCUCCCGCUACACCCAGGAGAUCUUCUCCUUCCUCAUCUCCCUCAUCUUCAUCUACGAGACUUUCUUCAAACUCUACAAGAUUUUUGAGAAAUUCCCUCUGCAGCCAGCCUACAACAACACUGUUCUAAAUGGGGAUCCAGACUAUCCUGUACCCAACACAGCCCUGCUUGCCCUUAUCCUCAUGGCAGGAACGUUUUUCAUCGCCUUUUUCUUGCGCCAAUUCAAGAACAGCAGUUUCUUUCCUGGCAAGAUCCGCCGUGUGAUUGGUGACUUUGGUGUCCCUAUUGCCAUCUUCCUCAUGGCAUUGGUAGACUACUUUAUUGAAACCACCUACAGUCAGAAACUGAAAGUCCCCAAAGGCCUUGAUACCACCAAAUCAGGAAGGAGCUGGUUUGUUCAUCCACUUGGAGAUGAUGGGGCAUUUCCCUGGUGGAUGGCGCUCGCUUCCGUUGUGCCAGCCCUCUUGGUUUUCAUCCUCAUCUUCUUGGAGUCACAGAUCACCACGCUGAUUGUGAGCAAACCUGAAAGGAAGCUGGUGAAGGGUUCAGGUUUCCAUCUAGACCUGCUUCUAAUUGUUGGCUUGGGGGGUAUCGCACCCCUUUUCGGCGCACCUUGGCUCAGUGCCACCACAGUGAGGACUGUCACACAUGCUAAUGCCCUGACGGUGAUGUCCAAGACUACAGUCCCAGGGGAGAAGGCCCAUGUCCAGGAAGUCAAGGAGCAAAGGAUCACUGGCUUGCUGGUGGCCAUUCUUGUAGGCCUUUCCAUCUUCAUGGAGCCCAUCCUGAAGCUCAUUCCACUUUCCGUGCUCUUCGGCAUCUUCUUGUACAUGGGGGUGACAUCCCUAAAUGGGAUCCAGCUUUACGACCGAAUCCUUCUCAUGCUGAAGCCGCCCAAAUACUACCCGGAUGUGCCUUACGUUAGAAAAGUAAAGCCUUUGCGGAUGCACCUCUUCACCUUCACGCAGAUUUUGUGCCUGGUCUUGCUGUGGGCAGUGAAAUCCACCCCAGCCUCCCUCGCCUUGCCUUUCAUCCUCAUCCUUACAGUGCCUGUGAGACGCUACCUGCUGCCAUGUUUCUUCAGCAAUGUUGAACUCAAGUAUUUGGAUGCUGAUGAUGCUGAAGUGGAUUUUGAUGAGACAGAAGGCCGGGAUGUUUAUGAUGAAGUCCAGAUGCCUCUUUGAGCACACAGUGUGCUGCAUCCUUAUGACAGAUAAGGAAUCUAGAGCCCUCCCCCAAAACACCAGGCAAAAAACCCCAAACAAAACCAGAAUCUGGAGAACGUUUUCCCCUUAUGUAUGUUUAUCAGUAUACAAAAGUGGCAUACUGGUAAAUACCCCAUAGAUGUAAAUAACAUGUUUGACAAAACAUGGAUUCUGUAGGAAUAGCUAGCAUAUGCUUUAGAUAUUUUUCAACCAGCCACUGUAGUUCUGUAGUGAAAUGUUAACAAAGAUUUAUAAAAUAUAUAUUUCCCCCCCCCAGAAGGUACUUGGGGGCGAGGGGGAAUCAAAGCUAUGCAAGAAUUGUGAGGAGAUGGGAAGGGCAUCCAUGGACUCCACUUUUUAUACUACCUGUCACCCCACUGCUGUGUGUGUGUGUGUGUGUGUGUGUGUGUGUGUGUGUUUCCACACAAGUGUGUAUGCAUGUGUGUCAGGCAUUAUCCGUUGUGUGCAGAAAGCCCCACCCACGGCCUUCCCAAGGCAGGAAGUACUUCUGCCACUGACAUUGAUAUGAAGUUUUGGAAAGAAAUGCUGAAAAUCCAAUUUAUAUCCUCAAGACGGGUCAAACAGCUAAUGUCAGAAUGGACCAAGAUGCACAAAUGAAGCUGGGAAGAAGUGACAUGUUCUUUCUCGGACCUGGGAGAUGCUAGGUCAGAAAACUCAGAGCACACAAAUGAGGCACAGAACAAAAACAACAGCGAAGAAAGUCAACAUCCUGGCAAAGGAAAGAAGCAACAACCAUCACCUCAGAUUAGAAACGUGAUAUGGAGGAAUGGCAAAACCACCCAGUUGCGGAGAAGGAUCAUGACUGCUCCUUGAGCGAGAAGGCUGUUGGGUUAACAAAAUCAGUUACCAUAUGUCCUGGCACAGUGGGGAAGUCCAUCACACCCCC